AUGGUGUGCGGUGCAAUGAUCGGUGUGGCCUAUAUUGGUGGGUCCUUUGCUAAUACGGACGUUCAGCUAGCAUGGCUGUUUGUGCUGUUCGCAGGUGUUGGUUUGGGAGUAUCGAACGUCCUCGCCAAGGAGGCUGUCGGUAGACGUUUUACCAAAAACUACGCAACUGCCAGUGGUAUUGCUCGGACUGGAUACGCCGUUGGACUGCUCGUAUUUGCACCGCUGAUCCAGCUGUUCCUCAAUACGUACGGGUGGCGAGGGACCAUGAUGCUCAUGGGCGGUGUCAGCCUGCACCUUGUCGUGUGCGGCGCUGUCCUCACCACUUCUGGUAAGGUCACACCCCAGCAGACAAUGUAUCAUCAAGUCUCGGAUCAGGAAAAUUCCACUUCUACUGUGUCCCAAAACACUCUCGCACAUCGGUGCAGUGGAGUACGGGAAAACCUUUGCAAGAACUUGGAUAUGAGGCUGCUCGGUAUCGGACACUUCUGGGCCCCAGCGGUCAUGAUGUGCUGCACCAUAUUCGCCGACGACAUGUGGAUCAUCUACUUCGUGUCCCAGGCUCAAUCCAACGGAUUCACCGCUGAGCAGGCGGGAUCUUUUGUGUCAAUGGCAAGCGUCGGGGGUGUGAUAGGCAAAGUAGUCCAGGGACUUCUCACUGACUGCGGAGUGAUAUCUUCCUGGAGUUUAACGGCUAUGUCCAUCAUCCUGAGCUCUGCGGGGUACUGCUCAACUCCCUUGCUGACGUCGUACUGGGCAAGCGCAGCAACGGCAUUCUUAAUUUUGUGUAGUAGUGGCGUUCUUGCGUGCCAGGUUGAUGUUUUCAUCAAACAGGUGAUGGGUGUGGAGCUGCUGGCUGGUGCCUUCGCAUGGGUGGGGCUUCUCACUGCAGGCAUGUCAUUCUUCGCGGGUUUUCUUCCAGGCUUGCUGUACGACCUCGCGGGGAGCUAUACUGCUGCAUUCCUCAUUGUCGGUGCCGUGCAGGGUAUACCUCUGAUCCCACUUGCAAUCCUGCGGUACUCUUACGGCCGCGUCGAGAGUGCCGAGUAG